AUGUGGUCGAUAGUUGGCCUCGGGUUGUUUGCCUACCUUCUGUACAGUGUGGUUAACAGUGUGAUCUGCUUCCGCCGCAACGUGAACAAGGCGAAGCAAUCCGGUAUCCCAUAUGUUGUUGUUCCGGUGUACUAUCUCAGCACGUGGUGGCUCAUAAGCCACCCGUUGUGGCUUCCCUUGCUCGCCAAACUGCCAUAUAGCUGGACCCGAUGGGUGGACUUCUGCAUUCCAGACUUUUAUUACCGCCGAAGCAUCGACGUCUUCCAGCAGGUCGGCGCCGACACCUUUCUGCUGGUUGGACCGGGUGGCAUAAUGAUGCACACUGCCGACCCAGCCGUCAUCACCCAGAUCACCACGCGGAGGAAUGAUUUUCCCAAGCCUACGGCUAUUUACCGGUCCGUCGAUAUUUAUGGGAAAAAUGUCGUGUCAACUGAAGGCUCUAUCUGGCGCCAGCACCGGAAAGCCACAAGCCCGCCAUUCACGGAGAAGAACAACCACCUCGUCUGGGCCGAGAGCAUUGACCAAGCUUCAGACAUGCUGGCUUCGUGGGUUGGACCUGAUGGAAAAGGCGACAUCACGGUGGAUCGCGUCAUGGAUGAUACCAUGCGCCUGAGCCUGUAUGUCAUUAGCAGAGCAGGCUUUGGAAGGAAGUUACAGUGGCCUUCCGCUGAUGCCAAGGCCGACGUCGACGUCAACUACGUUGACAAGUCCAAGAUUCAGAAUGACCAGGAUGAUCGAGAUCUCGGUCAUUCGAUGAGCUACACUUAUGCCAUCCACUGCUUGUUGGACAAUAUCCUUGUGCAAUUUCUCGUGCCCAGGUGGAUCGUCAAGCGCAUGCCAUUCACAAGAUUUCAGAAGGCCAACGAGGCUUACUAUGAAUGGGGAAAUUAUAUGAAAGAAGCAGUGGCCUCCAAAAAGAAGACCCUUGAAGUGGGAAGUGAGAACAGCAAGGACCAGAUGGAUCUGCUAGCCCAACUCGUCAAAGGUCAGAUGGCAUCUGAGAAGAGCAAAGACGUUCCUCUUACGGACUCCGAGGUGCUUGGGAACAUGUUCGUUUUGAUCCUAGCAGGGCAUGAGACUGCCGCCAAUUCCAUCCAUUUCUCUCUCCUCUACCUGGCGCUCUAUCCGAAGAGCCAAAGGGCAACCCAAAAGGAUUUGGAUCGAAUAUUUCAGGGCAAGCCUCCCUCAGAAUGGGACUAUGAUCGUGAUUUGCCCGCUCUCUUUGGAGGCAUGGUUGGUGCGGUAUUGGCUGAAGAGCUGCGGCUGGUCCCGCCUGUCAUAGGAAUACCAAAGUCGACCUGGGGUGUCCCUGAUCAAGCCAUCACUAUUGAUGGAAAGCCCUGCACUGUCCCCAGUGGAGUCUAUAUCAGUCUAGCGACGGGCAAUGUCCAUCGAAAUCCAAAGUAUUGGCCCACAAGCAAACCCUCGCUGCCGGGCGGGAAGCCAGUGCAUCCCGCAGCGAACCUGGACAACGACCUGGAGGAAUUUCAUCCGGAGCGGUGGCUCUUGGACGAAGAUAGAGAGGUUGAGCAUGUGAUGGCCAAUAGCAAGAAGGAAAUGCCUAACGAAACCGUCACUGCAGAUGGCUUGGGUAUCAACGAGGCAGCUGACACCUCGGAGCGAUUCUAUCGUCCACCCAAGGGGGCAUACCUACCGUUCAGUGACGGGUAUCGCGCUUGCCUCGGACGACGGUUUGCUCAAGUCGAAGUGCUUGCUACCCUGGCUGUCAUCCUGCAGAAUUACUCAGUCGAGUUGGCAGUCGACCAGUGGGCAACGGAUGAGCAGGUAAUAGCCAUGGAUGAGGAUGCUCGCGUGGAGGUCUGGCAAAAGGCUGCCCAGCGAGCGAGGCACUUGAUGCUCAAUGGCCUCAGCGUCAUCAUAUCUUUGCAGAUGAGAGCCGGACACGUUCCCUUACGAUUCGUGCCCAGAGGCAAGGAGAGGUUCCCUGACGAUGUGGAUGAGCAGUGGAAAGCGAAGCAUCCUGAUUUGUGCGAGGGAGCCCGGGCGACUCCUGGCUGGAGAUUCUGGGAUUCCUAA